AUGCUUCUUCUGGCAUUAAGUGAUGCUCAUAUUCCUGAGAGAGCAGUAGAUCUUCCGCACAAGUUUAAAAAGCUGAUAGGCGUACCCAACAAGAUACAACAAGUGGUUCUUUUGGGCAACUGCACUAAGAGUUACAGUUUCAUGAAGUUCGUAAAUCAAAUAUCAUCCAAUGUAGUUGUUGUGAGAGGGGAAUUCGACAAUAAGACCAUUGCUUCUACAAGAAACGCAAAAGAAGAAAUUCCACUUAACACGAUUAUCAAACAAGGAAACUUUAGCAUUGGGUGCUGCAAUGGAUACACAAUAGUACCCAAAAGUGAUCCGUUGUCGCUUCUGACAUUCGCGCGUCAACUCGAUGUGGACAUAGUGCUAUGGGGUGGAACGCACAACGUCGAGGCUUACACGCUCGAAGGGAAAUUCUUCAUUAAUCCAGGAACCUGUACGGGUGCCUUCAGCACCGAUUGGCCAGUUCAGGAGUCGGAGACAUCUGGUACAGACCAAGAGGCUACCGAAACGGCUGCAGCGGAUGCCAAAACUUCGCAACCCACGGAAAAUUUGGCAGCCGAUGCAGAUGAGACGGACGACGAGGAGGACAAGAGCGCUCCUAGCUUUUGUCUCUUAGACAUUCAGGGCUCCACCUGCACGUUGUACAUCUACGCCUACGUUGACGGCGAGGUCAAAGUCGAUAAGGUUAUAUAUAACAAAAGCUGA